AUGGCGACCGAGCUCAACCAUAAGAAUUUCCCUGUUCUCUCUUACGUGUUGGAUCGUCUCCCUUCCUUCACCGGCAAAUCCUCUUCCACCUCCACCUCCUCCUCUUCCGAUGGCGAUCGACCACCGUCAAAAUCCGAUCCAUCUUCAUCAUCAUCAAGCCAUUCGAUCGUCACUCAGAUGCCUCACUUGGCUCACCCCGAUGUCCUCGCCUCCAUGACAAACGCAAUCGCCGACGUCGCUCAGACCCGAUCCGUUCUCCGGACCCUAGGACCCAGACCGGAUCACGAGACCGUCGACAAAGCCCGAGCAAGGCUCGUCGAGAUCGACGCGUCUUUAUCGGAAUCUUUCGAGGAGAUCGCUCUCUCCGCGAACGACAAAGACGUGGCGGAGAAAGAGCAGAAGAGGAGAGAAGCUGUGGAUCAAGAGAAGACUUGGUACAACUCUAUCCUUAAGCUUAACGAGCUUCACGAAUCUUACCAAAAGCUUCUCAAAGAAGCCGAGGAGAGGCUUGUGAGGAUCUACGAAUCAGCCGAGAAGAAUGCGGCGGCUGUGGCGGAGGAGGAAGCUAAGGAGGUUGAAGUCAAUGAAGAGGUCGUGAGUAUAUUGCAGCAAGCUUCGGCGAAUCCGCUGGACCGUGUUGAUUUGUCUGGUAGGAAACUGAAAUUGCUCCCUGAAGCAUUUGGUCGUAUUCAAGGUCUCCUUGUCCUUAACCUCUACAACAAUCAGCUUGAGGCCAUUCCUGAUUCGAUUGCUGGAUUACAAAGCCUACUUGAACUUGAUUUGUCAACGAAUUUCUUGGAGACAUUACCGGAUUCGAUUGGUUUGUUGUCCAAACUAAAGAUUUUGAAUGUCUCUUGUAACAAACUCACAACCUUACCAGAUUCCAUCUGCCACUGUGUGUCUUUGGUUGUUUUGGACGCAAGCUACAACAAUCUCACUUACUUACCAACCAACAUCGGAUUCGAGCUAGUGAAUCUAGAGAAGCUCUUGAUCCAUCUCAACAAAAUCAGAUCCCUACCAACUUCCGUUGGCGAAAUGAGAUCCUUACGCUACCUUGACGCGCACUUCAACGAACUUAACGGUCUCCCAAACUCUUUCGGGAACCUCACAAACCUUGAGUACCUUAACCUGAGCAGUAACUUCAGCGAUCUGCAAGAUCUCCCUGCUUCGUUCGGCGAUCUCAUAAGCCUCCAAGAACUCGACUUGAGCAACAACCAAAUCCAUUCACUUCCGGACGCUUUUGGCACGCUCGUGAACCUGACAAAACUGAAUUUGGAACAGAACCCGCUCGUGGUCCCACCAGAUGAUGUCGUGAAACAAGGCGUGGGUGCGGUGAAGAUGUAUAUGGGUAAGAGAUGGGUCAGUAUGUUGGAAGAAGAAGAGAGGUUGGCGAACAUGAAGGAGGAGAUGGAUCAGACAGACGCUGAUUGGCUCACUCGAACUACGUCGAAGCUCAAAACGUAUGUUACAGAGGUCACGGAGUAUCUUGGAACGAAUUCGCCUAGAGAUCCUUUCCUUGACCAGCAGCUAUGA